AAAGGAGAGAGAUCCAUCGGGCCCGAUCCCCAAAUUGUCGGAGAACUCCUCGAAAUCCCUUCCAGAAUCCGUCGGGAAGGCCACAGCGGCUGCGAAGCCGUCCCCCCUCGAUAUCCCGCCAUGAAUCCGGAAUAUGAUUAUCUAUUCAAACUUCUACUCAUUGGAGAUUCAGGUGUUGGCAAAUCUUGUCUUCUCCUGAGAUUUGCAGAUGACUCAUACUUGGAAAGUUACAUCAGCACCAUUGGAGUUGAUUUUAAAAUUCGCACUGUCGAGCAAGAUGGAAAGACCAUUAAACUUCAAAUUUGGGAUACUGCUGGGCAAGAGCGAUUUAGGACAAUUACAAGCAGCUAUUAUCGUGGUGCUCAUGGUAUUAUUAUUGUCUACGAUGUGACAGACCAAGAAAGCUUCAACAAUGUAAAGCAAUGGUUAAAUGAGAUUGACCGCUAUGCGAGUGACAGCGUCAACAAGCUCCUGGUUGGGAACAAGUGUGAUCUUACUGCAAACAGAGUGGUGUCCUAUGAGACAGCUAAGGCAUUUGCUGAUGAAAUUGGUAUUCCAUUCAUGGAGACUAGCGCAAAAAAUGCUACUAACGUAGAGCAGGCCUUCAUGGCGAUGACAGCAGACAUAAAAAACAGGAUGGCCAGCCAACCAGCCAUGAACAGUGCCAGACCGCCAACAGUUCAGAUCCGUGGGCAGCCUGUGAGCCAGAAUACAUCUUGCUGCUCAUCUUAAAUUUGGGUUGUAAAGCUUUAUUAGCUGUUUGUCAAUGUUUAGAUUUAUGCUUUGACCUUUAUUCUCCAAAAUUGGCAGCAUUAGUCAAUUCUUAUAUUUGUUAUUAAGAUUCAACAGUUUGAUGUUUGGUCGUAGAAUCUGUUCCUUUGCUUCUUC